AUGCGGUGUUCCUGGAACACCGGCCACAUCCGCGCUCACCACAUUCUGUCUGACCCCGCCGCCAGGCUCACCCCGGUCCAGAGGGCCAGUCAGUCCAUCCUCACCGCAUUCUCCUCACUCUUGCUGCCAGGGUCCGUCCAGGAGAUCUCUCAACGACCACUCUCAGAAUGUGGUGUUCCUGGAACACCCACCGCGUACAGAGGUCUCAACCAACCACCACAUCUCGGAAUUGCGGUGUUCCAGGAACACCGCGUACGGAGGUCUCUGCCACCGGCCUCAGAAUGUGGUGCUCCUGGAACACCACCGACAGUGGUCUCAGCCACCGGACUCAGAGGGAGGCAGUUCCCAGGAACACCGCGUACAGAGACACUAACCACCGAUCUCAGAAUGCUGUGUUCCAGGAACGCCGCAUACAGAGGCCUCUAA